CACUGCUCCCUCUCUCCCUCCCUCGCUCCCUCUCUCUCUCUCUCUCUCCCCCGCUGCCCCGAAUAAAACCGACGCUUUCCGCGAAUGUGCGAGCUGCCUCCUCGCGAGCGGCCAUAAUUGGGAUUAUUCAGGAAUAAUUCACCUAAUCCAGCCGCGUUGUUCUUCUUCUCUUUUUUUUUGUCCCGGAUUCGGGGUUUCGACGGCGUUUGGUCGACGUGACAUCGCUGGAUUUACCCGAGAUGUGUUUGUCCUGUCGCGCAGGGUUUUUUAUUUAUUUUUUUAUUCUGGACUAAUAAAAUGUAGCCUGCCUUCGCUGGACAGCAAACACACAGACUGCAUAUUAACAGUUCGGGGUAAACGCAUCGCCUUUUUUUUCUCUUUCUCUUUCUCUUUUUUUUUACUGAAGAAUGGGGCAAAGAGGCGAAUCGAGGCGGACUAAUUGUUCUGGUGCCAUUAUCCGACACACAUGCCAGGGCGACGGCUUUAUGGGAUGCGCGAGUCAUUUCCUUCCCCUGUAACGCCUGUGGGUGGGUUGAUUGCGAGCGUUGAGAAGCUGACAUCAUUUGGAUGGAUGUGCACAGAUGAAGAUAAUGUCCUUUCCACGCGUCUGCUUCCGGCCCAGUGGAAGUCCGUCCUCGGCGGGGUGCAGCGCAGAGAUGUGUUUUCUCGGAUGAUAUUCAGACACAGAUGGACAACAUCCCCCCCCCCCCGCGCGCGUGACACUGUAACAGGGUGGAUCUUUUUUUUUCUUCUUCUUCUUCUUCUUCUUCUUCUUCUUCUUCUCAUACACCUCUUAAAUGAGUCCUCAUCCCGGAUCGCUUGAUCAGCUGUUGAUUAUCAUCAGAUUAGCCUCUAUUGUCUCGUGUUUAUUGUACGUCGGGGCAGAUUCGAUUUUCCUCGCGAUGGAUUUAUGAAUAACAGGUGUUGUUUGUGCUCGAGAGCACAGCACGAGCAUGAGGCUUUUAUUAUGUCCUUUUCUCCACGUUUAACAAACGGUGAAACAAAGCGACGGGGACCCUUUUGUGUUUUUUGCCGUGAAGAAAAAACAUACCCCCCCCCCCCCAAAUAAAAGAUGAAAGGAUGAAAGGAGAGAUGAGUCUGUCACGUAGGAACGAUCCACGCGGCCUCUCCUUGUAAAGACGAAAGGCCCCGCGGGGGACGACGGUGUAGGAGGAUCACUAGUGUUCAUAAAAAGGGACCGAACCAGGCGGGCUCCAGUGGGAGGUGAUAACAUGGCUAACCAGAGCUUUGCCAUCGAUGGCCCCGGCAGUUUGCUGGCGGUACUGGCUUCGCAGAGCGGAAUGGCAAGAGCCGGCGGCGGCGGCGGCAGCAACGGCGGCAGCAACAGCGGCAGCAACAGCGGAGGAAUCUCCGCCGCAGAUGUGUCCGCCUACUUUAAGCUGGUCUUCUUGAGUUUGAUCAUCUGCGUGGGCCUCGCGGGCAACCUCUUGGUCUCCCUGCUGGUUCUCCGGGACAGGACACUUCACAAGGCUCCGUACUUCUUUCUCCUGGACCUGUGCCUGGCCGAUGCGGUUCGCUCCGCCGCCUGCUUCCCCUUCGUGCUGGCUUCCGUCCACAACAACUCGGCGUGGAAUUACAGCGCCCUGAGUUGUAAAGUGGUGGCUUUCAUGGCCGUGCUGUUUUGUUUUCACGCUGCCUUCAUGCUGUUCUGCGUGGCCGUCACCCGCUACCUUGCCAUCGCCCACCACCGAUUCUACGCCAAGCGCAUGACCAUCUGGACCUGCGCCGCCGUCAUUUGCAUGGUGUGGACUCUGUCCGUCGCCAUGGCGUUCCCACCUGUCUUUGACGUGGGGACGUACAAGUUCAUCCCCGAUGAGGACCAGUGCAUUUUUGAACACCGCUACCUGAAGACCAACGACACCCUGGGCUUCAUGCUCAUGCUGGCCGUGGUGGUCCUCGCCACCCACGGGUUCUACGCCAAGCUGCUCCUAUUUGAGUACCGGCACCGCAAGAUGAAACCUGUCCAGCUGGUGCCAGCGAUCAGCCAGAACUGGACCUUCCACGGUCCCGGGGCCACAGGUCAAGCCGCAGCCAACUGGAUUGCAGGUUUCGGUCGGGGUCCCAUGCCACCCACCCUGUUGGGCAUCAGGCAAAACUUACACAAUCAACAUCGGCGGCUGCUCGGGAUGGAAGAGGUGAGGUCAGAGAGGAGGCUGGGCAGGAUGUUCUACACCAUCACCCUGCUCUUCCUGGUCCUCUGGGCUCCUUACAUCGUGGCGUGCUUCUGGAGGGUCUUUGUCAAGUCCUGCACCAUCCCCCACAGGUACCUUUCCAUCACGGUGUGGAUGAGCUUCGCCCAAGCCGGAGUCAACCCCAUCUUCUGUCUCCUGCUCAACGAGGACCUGAGGAAAGUGCUGAGAGCUCACCUGCCCACAUACUGGAGGACUAAACAACACCUGCCCCAGGACGAGGCCUACUGCAUUAUGUGAUAAGAUAUGAGUUCAAUAAUCAAGAGAAUGUUUCAGGUUUCAAAGGGAGUAUUUGGAGAGUAGAAGUGAUCUAAUGCACCAUGGUUGAGUGUCUGUUUUGUUGUUCCGCACAACAUCAAAUAUUUUGCCGACAAAUGCAGGCACAGUGCCAUUUUAUUGAGAAUGUUGAUAUUUGAAUAAAUGCGUGCGAUGCGGCGGUUCGAGCCCAGAGAAGCCCUGGCGACGGUUUGUAUUUCUGAUGAUGUGCUGUAUGAUUACUAAGUAGGAAAGAUCACAACUAUCACCGCUCCAACUAAGUGUGACAGAUGCCAUUUUAAAAAUAUGUUGCCUUAUUUCGAUGGGACACGCCCCAGAGCUUUCAACCGAGAGUGAGUUACUGUGUCACUUGAGGCACGAAACAGACGCACAGCGGGUGGAAAUCCUUGAAGAAAUUUGCUGCGGACUGUGAAUAGAAAGUGUUAAUCGGAGCGUUACUAACUGUGAAACACAUCAAGGAACUCAAAGGGUCUGAAUGGAUUCAAAGACCACCCCGGACGCCUUUUCAUGUAAUUCAAAGGAGAGACUGCAGAUUAUUGAAUGGACCCAAUAACCUUGGAUACAUUUAAAAUAGUUGUUUUAAACCCGAGAAACCCCUAACAUGCUUGAUUUUAUGAACCUGAUUUAGGGCGUGUCAGGUUUCUUUGUAUCAUAAAAAAAUGCCUGUUUUCCUUUAUUUGUAAACUAUACAUGUUAAGCAGAUGACACUAUUUUGAAAUAUGACUUGAUUUCAUAUUGUACAGACUGUACAGGAAUGUAUAUUCCUGCUUGUGUUUUUUAUAUAACAUUUGUGUGUGUGUGUGUGUGUGUGUGAGAGAGAGAGACAGAGAGGAGAAGGAGGAAGAUGAGAAAAAUAAUAAUGAUAGAAUAGGUCCCAGUAAUAUUGAGUCAAUAUGAAAGCAGCCUCAUCUUGGUGUCUCAAAAUCAUGCGAAAUUGAACAGUAAACAUAUGGAAAUGUAUCCUUCAUUUCCUUAACUGAAAAAUGUAGUUUCUUUUCAGGGUUCAGGGUUAUGAAAAAGGGGACUGAAUAAUUAGAAAACAACCGGCGAAAGAAUUGAAUGACUUGAAUGAUGAUGUAAAUUUACUUUGUUUAAAAAAACAAAAAACAUUUGCAAUUGGUGAUUUUGGGAAUGUUUUUAAAGUAUUGUUAUGCUCUCACCAGAAUACAAAAAAAGAGAAAAGGAAUGAAGUGACUCUUAAUGAGAAGAAAACUUGAAUGUUUGCAGGCCCCCUUCCAUAUAUCUACAGCCCCCCCCCCCAAACAUAAAUGUCCCCAUCCGAGUGUCCUGUACUGGAUCAAAGGAAGCUCAGGCUGCAUACGACCCCGCAGGCGUUUGUUGUGUGGCAACCGGCUCAAAGUACAUGAAGGUGUCUCCAAAUGCCGAAGAGAAUCCAAAAUGUCAGACCUGCAGUAUGUUAGGCAUAUAUACUGUAUAUUUGUGCAGUCAGUUUUCUAAAUGUGGACACUUGCACUGCAUACUGUAUUAGCAUGCAUCCCACGGCAUUUCAUAGACUCAGGACUGGGGAUUACAACCUGUACAGAUGUUGAUAUGGAAAGACGAAGUAAAGUGGGAACUGAGGUCCAUCAUUUUUACGUCUGGCAUUCCUUGGCGAGAUGAUAUUCUGUAACUGUACAGUUUACCUGAGGUGGUUCUUUUGCCCACUCAUCAAUAAAGACUCUACUUUUGAUGCACUCUGA